AUGUUCGCUUAUAUGGUAUACUGCGCUUCCCUGUACAUCGUCAAUUUUAUUGGUUAUGACGGGUUCUUUGGCUUGUGUAUUAAUCACGCAUGUUUGAAGAUGCAGCUGUAUUGUCAAGCGUUUAAAGAGGCAUUGGCAAGUGAGGAUAUGUACGAAAAGAUCGUAGGUGUUAUUAAAGAACAGAAUCGGCUAUUUGAGUAUGUGAAUCUUAUACAAGACACGUUCAAUGUAUGGCUUGGCAUAAUAUUGAUCGCUACAAUGAUUCAAAUAUGCAACUGCAUGUAUCAUAUAACUGAGUCCGUGGAAACGGCAACACUUUUCUACAUUUCUGGUUGGGAGCACGUAAACAACAUUCCAAUAAGGAAAAUGGUACUCUUCAUGGUUGCGCGUGCGCAGAUACCAUUAGAGAUCACCGCUUUUAAUAAACUCAUAUUCGAUAUGGAUCUCUUUGUUUCGAUAUUACAAACUUCUUAUUCAAUGUACACGCUGUUGCGAUCUUAAUUUAUGAAAUUAAAAAUGUACAUCAAUUUUGUUUUAAUUUAUAAAAUGCAAAGCUAUACCGGCACCGGUAUUCAAUAAAUGGUACCCAUUUAUGGUAUAGUAUGGGUUGGUGGGCUCAGUUUCCACACUUAGACUCUCACUAGUUCCGUUGUGCGUAAAGUCCUGGCUAACUAAACCAUCCUGUCG